GUGACAGGUAAGUGUUUAAGCUAAUGUUAGCUACCUACAUUAGCUGAAUAAAUUUACAAUAUGAAGUGACAAGCGAGCUAAUUUAAACAAAGCAGGUUAUCUGAAUAAUUAAGAAGAUGCCGUGACAGGUAAGUGUUUUUUAUUUGCGUGAGUUGAGAGUUUGCGCAUUUAUCGAUUUAGUUGAAACCACUGUGUGUGUGACAUUAAGUACCGGAGCGGUGACGUCGCAUGAACGCAUGCUAAAAAACAGAAAGGACGUGCGUAUCGGUGCAAGUGCGUGAAGGACCUCCAGCGCUCUCGGGACCCGGCGGAUUAUCGAGCUCCUCGGAGCAGCCAAGCGGGUGAAUGUCAACAUCCAGGACGCAGAUGGGUUGUCGCCUUUGCAUCACGCCGCUCUGAGCGGCAACAAGGAGAUGAUUUCGCUGCUGCUGGAGGCUCAGGCAGCAGUGGACAUUAAAGACAAUAAAGGCAUGCGACCUCUGCAUUACGCCGCCUGGCAGGGCAAGACGGAACCGCUGAAAAUGCUGCUGAAGGCCGGCUCGUCCGUCAACGGGCAGUCGGACGAAGGGCAGAUCCCGCUGCACUUGUCCGCUCAGCACGGACACUACGACGGGUCGGAGAUGUUGCUGCAGCACCAGUCCAACACGUGCAUCUCGGACAUGGCGGGAAAGACACCGCUGGACCUCGCGUGUGAAUUUGGCCGCGUCGCGGUGGUUCAGCUGCUGCUCAGCAGCAACAUGUGCGCCGCCAUGCUGGAGCCCAAACCUUCCGACCCCAACGGGGUGUCGCCGCUCCAUCUCGCCGCCAAGAACGGGCACAUCGACGUCAUACGGUUGCUGAUUCAGGCUGGCAUCGACAUCAAUAGACAAUCCGAGUCUGGGACAGCUCUGCAUCAGGCUGCCCUCUGUGGGAAGACGGAGGUAGUGCGCCUUCUGCUCGAAAGUGGUAUCAGCGCAGGAGUGAGGAACACCUUGAGUCAAACUGCGCUGGACAUCGUGAACCAGUUCACCACCACUCAGGCCAGCCGCGAGAUCAAACAACUCCUCAGAGCCGCAAGGGGGAACUCGAGCGGAAAAGACGCGUCCGCUGCCAUGCAGGUGCGCGCGCUGAAGGAUUACUGCAACAACUACGACCUGACCAGCCUCAACAUCAAAGCCGGGGACAUCAUUACGGUUUUGGAGCAGCACUCCGACGGCCGGUGGAAGGGCUGCAUUCACGAUAACCGCACGGGAAAUGACCGCGUGGGCUACUUCCCGUCCAACAUGGCGGAAGUCAUCAAGAGGGCAGGUUCUCGGACCGCCGAGUUGAGUCCUCAGGGCUCUCCCACUUUGGGCCAGCAGAGCAGCGCCAGCGAGGACAUCUGGGUGCUGCGCAAACCGCUCGCAGGGGGUGAACGCAGCGGCAGCGUGGGCAGCCUCGGAAGCGCUCGGUCGUCGAGCAGCCUGCAGGGCUCGGGGAACACGCACGUGCUGACCACGCCCGUGCCCAGUCCUCACCCGGCGCCGACGCCGGGAGUCAACACGCACGGCCUUAACGCUCCGGGCCUGAAUGCCCAAGCGGAAGGGGUCAAGCUCCUGGCCACUGUCCUGUCCCAGUCGGUAAAAGCCAAGGAGCAUCUCUUGGAGCAGUCGCAGUCCGUUGAACAAUCAGCGAGCUCGCCGUCGUCCUCCACCGUUCACGAGCAGCGGUCGUUCGAGCGCAAGGCAGAGGAGGAUGAUGGGAAAAAGCAGGCAGUAGUGGCGUGGCUGGGUGAGUUUCAGCUGCAGUUCUACACCACCCACUUCCUCACGGCGGGAUAUGAUCUAGACACCGUUAGCCGCAUGACCCCCGAGGACAUGACGGCGAUUGGGGUCAUGAAGCCGGGACAUCGUAAGAAGUUAAUGUCAGAGAUCAGCAAACUGCCCUCCGCGGACUGGCUGCCGGACCACAAGCCCGCUAAUCUGGCUGAUUUCCUUUCUCACUUGGGUCUCAGUCAGUACUACCAGGUCCUGGUGCAGAACGGUUACGAAAACAUUGACUUCAUCUCUGACAUCAGCCUGGAGGAUCUCCAAGAGAUCGGUAUUUCCAAACUUGGCCACCAGAAAAAACUGAUGUUGGGAGUGAGGAGACUGAAGGAUUUACAGAGAGGAGGAGUCGGUCCGGCGGCUCAAGAGAGUCCCUCCACGCCUCCAUCCAGCCCAAGUGGCAGGAGUGUCUUGGAGUCCCAGACAGAGGAGAGGAAACAGCGGGAGGGUGGUCCAAGCCCAUUGGCGAAACCACGCCCGAGUGUCUCUCAUUCCCAAAAUCCCCCGCACACGCCGCAGCAAACUCCACCACAAACCCCCACGCACACUCGAAACCAGCAGGCCUCCCCGAGGGCUCGGCCUCGGCCCUCCGCCCAGCAAGCGGCGGCGGGGGAUUCGCCCGUGCCGAUGCUCCGGCUGCCGAGUGAGGAGGAGGAGCGACGGCGAACUCACAGUCUGAUUGGCUCCGAAACGGACUCGCGCUACGCCACCGUGUGCCGCAGCAGCUCCUCUCGCACCCCCGCUGUCGUCAACGACGUCACCGUCAACCGCAGCCAGUCGUCGGUCACGCUCCGUCCUCGCCGGAAAGGUCGGCCCCCGACGCCUCCCAAACGAUCCUGUUCGUCCAUCACCGGGGGCGACGGAGAGGGAGAAGGACAAGGGGAGGGGUUCCUCGGCCUGCCGACUUUUCGAGAGAGACGAGCCAGCGACUGCGGCAGCUUGGGGUCGGCUUUAAGAUCUCAGGAGUCAGCGGGCUUGGAAAGGUCGGAGGGGGCUUCGGGGAGCGUGCGCAGCCUCGCCGCCAUGCUCGAGACGUCCAUCGUGAGCGGAGCCAAAACCCUGCCGAGGAAUCUCGGAAGCAGCACCAACUACCUGCAGGUCAGCCCCCCCACACUGCGACGCCAGGCCCGCUCAGGCGGUCUCGGAUCCGAAGAUGACGACGUCCUUAAUCGACGCAGGACCAUCGGCGGAACAGAGGCCGACGGGGAGGCCCCCAGGCAGCCGGCGCAGCAACGUCCGGAACCGCGACCCCGCUCCACGGUCGUCUCCUCCGCCGCAGAGAUCUCAGACGGCUCGGCGACGCUCCGGAGGAAACCCCGUCCGCCUUCGAAGGACCAGGAGGGGCCCGUGUCUCCCACCGUCGUCACCAUGACAACUGGCUCCGACACCUUACGCAGGAGGCAGCGCGCAGUGGAGAAAUCAGAAGGUGUCGCCCAAAUAAACAACAAACAAUCAGACUCUUCCAGAAAUCCGGCCGAUAGUAGCCGGCAACAGAACGGCGGCGUGGUGCUGAGGCGGAGGCCCGCGUCGGAGGCGUCUGAUAGGACGGAGAAGAGUAGGGAGAGCUGUGAGUGGAUGGAGGCCAGGAAGUCCCUGAAGCCACCGGUCUCGCCCAAACCUUCCUCAGUGGCGCUGAGGAAGACACAAGCGGACCCCCCAACCCCGACACGACGGGUCCCCAUACCUGCUCCUGAUACCGCCGACACGGCACAGAGUCCUGAGGCAAAGCGUGUCCCUCCUCCUGUCUCGCCCAAACCUCGCGGCCCCCCAACAGCGCCCAAACCGGGCAAACCCGCUGGACCCUCGACCGCCGUGAGCCCCGUAUCCACCGGCGCGCCCAAACCCUCCCCGCCGGCCUCCGCCGCCCCUCUGCCCGCCCCCGACACCCCUUCCGGCCCGUCCCUCUCGCCGGGACUCCCCCUGACCUCCCCCUCGCCCGCCCAGAGCCCGUCCACGCCGUCCCCUCACCCCGUCAAACCGCCGCGCUCCUCCAUCGCCGGCCUCUCCAUCGACCUGCUGGGAGGGCAGGAGGAGGAGGAGAGGAGGAAGGAGCGGGAGCAGAACAAGCACAAAGAGGAGGAGCAGGAUGAGGGGAGGACAUUGUCGCAGAGGGGAGCAGACGCGGAGGAGAAAGGGGAGGGGGCGCAGCAUCGUUUGGAGGAGACCAGCGCCUCUUUGGCGGCAGCUUUACAGGCUGUAGAACACAAAAUACAAGAAGAUGAAGCACAAAAUGACAAAAAGACAACAGUGUCCAUCCUGGAUGACAUCGGCAGCAUGUUCGACGACUUGGCCGACCAACUGGACGCCAUGCUCGACUGACCCCUCGAGUUUCGACACUUCCCGUCGCCUUUCUCUGGAGAAGCGUCCAGAAACCGCUCCGGUCCAGAGGCCGCGAAAGUGUGCGUUGCGCACACCCACCCGUCCAAGGAGGUGUCGUCCCCUCGGUUCUCUCGGGAUGCCCGCCGCGCUUUCCACGCACUCAAACCUCCACAUUCAAACAUUUGGCCUGCGAUGCUCCGAGCUGACUGAGAAGCACAAUCAUUCUCCUCAUCUUUACAGACGAGAAGAAAAUAGAAGCACAUGGACUGACUCGCUGGAGGGGAGAGCGAGACAGACAGGAAGCACACUUGAGCGUUUAUAAAAAUAAAAAAAUAGCAGCAACAACGCCACGCAAAGUAGACCACUCGCGUCUCUCCUCUUCCGAGGAUGCCGCUUCUUCCUAUUCCGUAUGAACGAAGGAGCGCGCUGCGUUGUCUGUUCAUGUCGUCGUCGUCGUUUGCCGUCGUUGUCGUCCAGUUACGAGCGUGUCGUCCUAUAACCAAAUGUCAGUGUCCUCCUUCCGAUAAUUCACAACGUCGCUGUUCAAAUGAUGAGAAUUACGUGUGCCCGGGAAGAGGUGGGAGACUGGACUCAUUUGACUUGACUCAACUCAGACUUAAGUCGCCAAUUUUAGGACUUGGGUGUUGCUUGAGUAAAAAAAAAAAAAAAAAAACAUACAAAAGACUCAACUUUGACUUCAACUACAUACUGUAAGUCUUGACUGUUUGCAUUUGAUAGUGUUUAAUUACAAGACUGUAUGAUAUUUGUCUUGUGUUUAACAUACCUUAAUUCCCGGCCUACAAAGCACACCUGGUGAUAAGGUACACAGAAAGAGUUUAACGCUAGCGCAGCCGCGCUAACGCGGCGGUGCUAACAGUAACGCAGCAGUGCUAACGCGGCGCUGUUGACACUAACGCGACGGUGCUAACGAUAAAACUAGCACAGCAGCUCUUAAAAAAGUCGCAGCUUGUAGGCCGGGAUUUACGGUCAACGUGCUACAAAAGUGACUCCCAAGCAGGGGGAAAUGAUCCAAUUUCCCUUCUUUCAUCCAGGAUUAUCUAUUAAUAAUUACCAAUCUAUCUUUGUUCAUCUAUAGACUGUUUUUCGACUGACGUCACACACCUUCCGAUUUAGAACACGGGCGCCAUCUUGGUUUGGGGAACUCACGUAACCACACUCAACUAACCAGGAAUCAUUUCAGAAAGGCGUAUGAAUGGGGGCGCACUGCUAUGCUAUCGGGCGUUGUAAAGCGUCUUUCUUUCGACUGCCACAUGUGAUCAAGAACCAGUGCGAGAAAACUGAGAACUUGGCAACCAAACGGCGACAACUGUAUUAGCAGAGCUGAUCUAGCGGCCAAGCGCAAUACUCGCGUGUGAAUGCAAUGCAUGUCUCCAAAAUCUGUAUUUUCUGUUUUAUCAUCAUAAGUUUGCGAAAACGGGUUACUGCACCGCUAGCUGUUUCCUGAGUUGAGUUAAAAAUGAAGCCGUGGAAGUGGAGAAAGACUUGGGACUCGUCCGGGUCGAGCCUCUCUCUCUUUCUCUCCCUCUCGGUAACAAAAACGGAAAUAAUAAUCGACAUAAUUUAACACAAUGCUGACUAUAAUCACGCGGUACAUAUUUAAAUUGCUUUGUGCGGUACACUAAUAUUAGCACUGUGGGGAAACGCAGGUUCCUUACAAUGGAUAGCGACGCAUGGUGAAUUGGUUGUAGGCCUCCAGACCUUUUGUAAUUCUUUAGUCGGUCCACGGUCUAAGCGCUUGUCGAGAAGAGAUAGUUGAUAGCUUACCGACGCCCACAUUUGCGUGCCCCAUUUGUGUUUCUCCGAAGCAUACGGGUCGAUAUUGUCGAUCAAGGCGCGCUUUUCUCGUCGUAACGGUUUCUCGAGACAACAUCUCAUGAGCACCGAUAACUUUCCAAAGUCUUUUUUUUAGCCAUCACGCGUCACUUUUAACAGUCGUACGAACGUUUGUGCAACUCCGGUCUGCAUGCAAAAGCGAUAGAGUGAACCGAUCCAACAUGGCCGAGUGCCCUGGAUGUAGUCACGUGGCCGAAAACAGUCUAUAAAUGCCAGCGACAUAGUGACAGGCGAAACAACGAAGGUAGAUGACUGAAGGUGCAAUAAACUGGUCUUGGCUUCCUGCGAGGAUAACAGCGUUGUGCUCAAACAUCAUCCAGACUUCUCAGCGACAAAGUCCAUUUGAGAUGAGAUCAUCAUUAUUUCAAUAAUUGGACUUUCUGUCACGUUUUCUAAUGUAAAGAUUUGUGCCUUGCCGUCACAAGCGUUUGGAAACACUGUGCAGAGGCCACUUCGCGGUUGGAGCUUACGUUAGGAUUCAGAUGUUAUUGUUUUAUUUUAUAUAUAUAUGUAUAUAUAUAUAAAAAGGAGAAUGGUAACACACAAGACACGACAACUACUGUACAUCGACUUUGAUUCGGCGACGCAAAACUGACGCGGUGACCUGGGACUCGCUUGAAACUUGAGACCUGGCACCCGUUUGACUUCCUUCCACCUCUGCCAAACACAAACACGCCGCUCGCAUCCCAUUUUCACCUCGCUGGCUGUUUUUGGUGGCGCGUUUGCUCGGAAUCGUACUGACAUGCACACGUUAUGCAAAGGCGCAAGACAAGCGCGCGGUGUAAGCCCCUCUCGUCUUGCUGCAGUCGACCAGUGUUUUACAAAGAUAAUCCUAUAUUUUCCAUGCUUUCUAUGAUAUGGUACAUCCGGUAUAGUUUAUGAUAGACAGUAUCUGGUUGUUUGAGCUGUUAGAGCUCCCUCUAUUGUCGACUAGUAAAACUGCCUCUGCCCUCCAACCCAGUGUGUCAAUUCCUGUUUGUUUACUCUGCAUCUCUCUGUGCCUUGGUAGUGUUCUUUCAUACAUUUUUUUUUUGUUUUUAUUGUUUGCCUCCUUGUUUUGUUUGAUGCUCCCCCAAGUUCCCUCAUGAAUUUUCCAGUUGUAUCCACGUUAGAAAAUUGUCCAGUAUAAGAAAAUUGAGAAGCAUUUUUGCAAGCCCGACUUUUGAGCUGUUAUAAGUCACUUUUGCUGCCUCUCUCCCUUCUCGGCUUUUUCCAAUUUCCAGUGGUGAAAACCUCUACAUAUAGGAUACAAACCGCCAUUCAUCCCCAAUAAAGUCCACUAGUAUUUUUCAUACCCUUUGGAAAAGAAUAUUAAAUAAUAUAUUUGUGAAGAACGACAAUAACGCUUGUGAAUCGAAAGGGGGUUUGAUCAAGUCUGUCCAUUUUUUUGACUGAAUGUGCUGUGAAGGCUGUUGUGCUGGAGUCGGGUCUAACGGUUACGUUUUUCUGCUGUGACGAUGCAUUCCUGUACAGAUGUGAACAGAAUAAAUGUAAGGAUUCAAUUG